ACAAAGAGACUGAGCUUCUCUACAUAUAGAUAUUCUGAUGGAAUUUUCCUAAACUACACAUGGACAGGACUUGAAUGUGUAACGAUGUGACUUUUAGAAGCAUUUUAUGUUUGGUGAGAACAGUUUCAUGGUGGGAAAUCCUCUCCGGAUAGAGGUGAAUAACUUUUUGUAAUCUAAAGGCGGUUUGCGAAAAUUCCUGGUAGACAUGGGGAACCAUAAGCCACAGAUCAGCAGAGUGUUUCUCGUGAUGAUGUACAUAACAUUAGCUUGGGGGCAGCUAUGCACGAACUGUCAGGAUGGAUGUAAUGAAGAAACGGGUAAAUGUUCCGGAAGCUGUCGUCGUGGCUGGGAUGGUCCCACCUGCUCCAGACAGAAUGUGGCAUUGAACAGAAACACCACACAAUCAUCGACCUAUAGCCCAUACACAUCUGAACUCGCCGUGGACGGUGGGAUAGAACAAGUGUUCAAGACACCACCUACAUGUACUCACACACAAGAGAGAGUAUAAUCCGCGUACUGGACGGUGACACUGGACACACAGUACAACAUCUACAGCUUCAGGAUCUAUAACAGAAAAGGAAUCUGUAAAGGCGGACCAUGCGGUAACCGCCUUAAUGGUUUUACCCUGUCAGUGGGAAACUCCUCCCGGAAUUACACAGUGUGUUACCAGGACACCACCAGGGCUUUUUACGUUCCGGGUGACGUUAUAAAUGGAUCUUGUAACGCCAGCAGCCCGAUAAUUGGAGACACCGUGAAGAUUAUGAUAAACAAUUCCGCGCCGCUUACCCUGUGUGAAGUACAGAUAUUCGUGUGCACACCCGGGACAUACGGACCAGACUGUGGGAAGAGAUGUGGGAACUGUGCCGAGAGACCGUCCGUCUGUGACACAACAUCCGGGCUCUGUCCACAGAGAACACCAAAGUGCAUGCCGGGAUACCGCCCUGAGAAAUGUGAUGAAGUCUGCACCUUAGGAAACUACGGACCUGAUUGUGCUAUGAGAUGUGGACAUUGUGCGGAUGACCAAUUAUCUUGUGACACUGUAUCCGGAACGUGUGCCGACACAAAGCCCAGAUGCAUGCCGGGAUAUUCUGGUCCGAAGUGUGAUACAGCUUGCGAGGGAAAUUACGGUCCUGACUGUUUGCAGAGAUGUGGGAACUGUACCAAAGGCCGAUCUGUUUGUGAUGCUAAAUCCGGGAACUGCCCAGAGGGAACACCCAGGUGCAUGCCGGGAUACACUGGUGUAAAGUGUGAUACAGAAUGUACGCUGGGCACUUACGGUCCGGAUUGUAAAGAAACCUGUGGCUUCUGUGCCGAAGGAAACGCUGUCUGUAACACCACAUCCGGGCACUGUCCCGACCGAGAACCACGAUGUGCAGAAGGGUAUUACGAGUUCUGGUGCAAAUCAGAAUUGCCCGUAAACCCUCCGAAUUACACGGGAGUCAUUGCCGGCAGUGCAGUUGGAAUCAUCGUUGUCCUGGUCAUCGGAGUCAUUGUCAUUGUAAUAAUGAUGAGGAGGUUUCAGCGAAACCUACAAACAGGCGGCGCUACGCAGUCUGAACCAAACAGUGCUGCAGCCCAGGAGAGAUCCGCUCCGUCGGAAGUUGAAGAAGGAAAUGAAAUACCCGAGCCAGAACGGAUGUAUGAUGCAUGUGACCUGAAUUCGGUAGAAGAACACCCUUAUGAAGCCAUUCGUCAGAACAGCCGUUGAGUUUAAUGGUAGAGCCGUGUGAUCAAGAUAAUCCACGAUAAACAGUUGCGAAUGACUUGGAGAGCCUAGUGUACCGAUGUGGGGAUGUAGAAUGUUGACCUAAUGUGUAAGCCGUCGUUAGCGUUGGGCAUGCCACAAUAUGGGAUAUUUUUAACUGAUUAACACAUAUUAACAGUUUUAUUCAAUGGUGUAGAACAAUAUGGAGACAGAACAGCGUAUCAUUUGGAGUUCCAGGUCCUACACAAUGAGGUUGUUUUGCCCAUUUCAGUUAUCCCGUAUACCGUGGAAGUUAUCCUUUCAGCUGUGCAAUAAAUGACACUUAUGUCUUGGGACUAAUGUAACAGAUCUUCUCAAUUUGCCUAUCCAGUCAAAAUUUCACAAAACUGGUCAAAAUACUAACCACAAAUUGUCAUGUAAGGUCUGCAUGUGGCAGAUCUGUCGUUUAAUUAUGUUCUUUUGUUGCCUGACAUGUAGGCUGGCUGUAUACAUCGGAGAGUUUCAACACAGCCUUUUUAUAUACAUGUACUCUUGUUAAAAUUUUAAAUUGAGGCAUCCGUGGCCGAGUAUUUAGCGUGCUAGCACAAAACCAUAACCCAGGUGCCCCCUACCAAAGAUAUUACUGUGAUGUAAGUCCAGCUCAAGCUGGCUUUUCAUGCUGAUAUUGAAUUAUAGGCCUAUUCAUGACGUCUUUUACGAAAACUGUCGGAGAACAAAAAUCUUAACAAAAUCAGCAUCAAAUAUGUUCCAUCGCAGCAUUUUGUCUUCAUGGUCAAUCCACAUUUCUUGACAUACUUGAGGAAUUCAGAAAAUAUUCCACCAUGAGUUGGAACAAUUCCUCCACCUUGAUAUUAUUCUCACUGUACAAGCUGG